AUGUCAUUCCUUUCAUUGCCAUUCGAAAUUAUAAGAAUGAUUGCAUUCGAGCUGCCAUGUGAUGCAGAUGUACUCGACUUGAUUUGCACCAAUAGGCUGCUUCAUGACCUCCUGAUUCGUGAUCUUUAUAAGCGAAAUCUUGAUACAGACCCACGAGGAUUUGCCUUAUAUUGGUGUGUCUCGAGUUGUGCUAUGAAAGGGAUGAAGCACCUAUUAUCCUGGAAAGCAGAUUUGAACAGAACCUUGUUCUUGAAGGAAGAAAAAAACGGCCAAAUAACAAAAUCUCAGGAAAGUUCGGCUCUAUGCUUGGCAGUCGAGAGUGACAACUUGUUGAUGGCGGAUUUCCUUUUGAAACAUGGAGCCGAUGUGAAUGCGGAGUUCAAAACCCUGAGCAUGGGUGAAUGGUCCCCAGCACUACCUACCGUCACUCCCUUGGAUUUGGCCGUAGGGCGAGGUAACAGUGUUAUGACUCUGUUACUUCUUCAAAAUGGCGCGAAGAUGAGAGAUGGAAUUACUCUAUCUCGUGCUAUAGAACAUGGGGCCAUACUGGCUUGGAUAAACACCGAAUCUCCCGGGUAUUGGGAUGACGACGGGUUCGAAGCACCCGGAGUAGCCCCCAAAUAUGAUUUCCGGACUGUGGUUGAGGUGCUGAAUUUGUAUGGCGCCGAUAUAAAUCAAGACUGUCUUCUUCACUAUGCAGUAGAGUGUUAUGGGUCUCUUGAUGAUGGUGUCAUCGAGCAUCUCCUGUUUCUUGGCGCCAACGUGCACGCGAAGGAUUCGAGUGGGUUUUCAGUCAUAUCUUAUGCUUUCGAGGCCGAAGAAAAUACCACUCAACGAAUUAAAGCCUUUGUGGAAUUGCUUCAACUUUACGGAGCUAAAGUUGACCCCGAAGAACUCCAUGGUCCGCUUCAAAACGCCAUACUUAGCAGAGACCUUGAAUAUCUUGAAUUAGUACUAGAUUACGGAGCAGACGUGAACUUCUUGUAUGACGGAGGAACUUAUCUACAUCUCGCAAUCACACAUCUAGCUUAUGAUGUGGAUGAUACGAUACAAGAAAAAUUCGUCAAAGCGCUCCUAAACCGAGGAGCCGACGUCCUUUUGAGGAACACCGAAUCGAAAACGCCAUUGGAGCUCGCAAUGUCGUUUUCAUGGAAAAAAAACAUAGCGAAGCUCCUCCUCGAUGCGGGCGCCAAAGUCCAAUGUCAAGGCAAAGAAGGAACUCGGCUUUUGAAUUGCCUCAUAGUGGAUGACCUAGCUGGCCGCUUUUACCCAGAUACCAACCGAUUGCAGUACUACUUGGAGGCAAUGGAAACAGAUCCGUCUGAAUUCGAGUCUCAUCAUGACUUCAGUGAUGUGGAUGAUAUGAUCGGGUUGCUUCUUGAAUACGGUGCCCGUCCAGACUACGUGGAUGACUCUGGCCAGUGUCCUCUUGACCAACAAGGUGCUAAACUAUUUUCUGCUCUACACCCGUGGCUCUCUAAAAGGAAGGGCGCAUGA